AUGCUUAAUCAACGCAUGUUGUUUGAAGCAGAGACUGAAGAAAUACCAAAUGAAAUAACAGAAGAAAUGAAAUAAGUAAUUUAGAAAUAAAUUUUAGAUCAUAAAAGUGAUAGAUUCUUUUGACAUUGAAGAGUUAAGAAAACUUGUAAAUGAUGGUAAUAGAUGCCAGUAAAUUUUUAGAAGUAGGUAUCUGUUCAGAUAUAUGUUGAAUAAAAUUGAUGAAAAUUUAAAGUAAAUAGUGAUAGAGAUAUAAAAUAAUUCCAUAUAUGACUGCUCAUAGAUUUUGGAAUUUAUCUACGAAUUCUUAAAAAGAUCUAAUCUAUUUGAGUAAAUAUAGAUAAUAAUAAAAUUUUAGAGAUAUAUUUUAUUCUUAAGAGCGACUGCUUAAGAUAAUUGAAUAUACAGACAAUUUAAUUAUUUAUGAAAAGGCCUUUUAGAUUUUAAAUCGACCUAUUAUCCAUCUUUAAGAGAUUUAAAAAAAUCAUUUCCCAAGAUUAAUAUAUCUAGAAAAAAUUUUAUAUGAACACAUCAAUUAUUUAUCCAAAAAUAAGAUAAAAUUGGUUGAUUAUUAUUAAGACGAUCCAAAAUACAGAGAUAUUAGAAUGGAUCUUAGAACCCCUUUAUAAUUUGAGAUUGAGUAUAAUGAACCAGCUUAAUAAGAGGAAAGUUAUGAAGAUAUAUGUAAAAAUAGAAAUCAUAAUAAUAACAUAUUAUAAGAUUAAUUCUAAAACAAAGUAUUAAUUGUAAAUUUAUUUUUUUAGAUAGUAUAAAUAGUAGAUGACGAUUCAAUAUCAGCUCUCAAUUUGUCAAGAAAUCUAUUAAAUAAGCGAAAUUAACCUUUAUCACCCUUAAUUGAAAUAGUAAAAUACAGAAUCCUGAUAAAAAGAGGAUUAGAAAAAAAUCCAUAACAAACCAAAAAUAUAAUAAUCAAAUUACAUCUAUAAGCAUCCAUUAUGAUAUCGGAACAAAGAAUAAUAAUUAAUAGAAUUAAUGCAUAAUAAUAAAUAGCAAAAUUAUUUAAUUCAAUUAUUGGAGAUGAAAGAAAUAUCAAUUAUUUUAAUUUAUUUAAACUUGAAACCAUAGAUCCACUUUUACUAAUAGAAGUACUUGAAACUAUUUCAAUAAAUAAUUAACAUUUAGAUUAAGAUAAUUAAUUUGUAAAAUUACUUUCAGAUGUUUUAUCUAUGGAACAAAUAGCAUAAGAUUAAGUAAUUUAAGGAUAUCCCUUAAAGUAUAACCCUCAAAUUCUUUCUGAAAAUUUAGUUAGAGAUGAAUCCUUAACUUGUAGUAUCUUCUCAAUUUUUGAAGAUAGAUAAUUUUCCUAGGAUGAUUAUAAUUAAAUAAUCAAUAAAAUAAUGAGACCUCUAAAUAUUUAAGACAAUAGAAUGUUGUUCACACCUAAAUAAUUAGAUGCAACAGUAUUAUUCCUAAGUUAGUUGAUUAGAAAUUAUGAUCCACAUUUAAAUAACUAGAGAUAAGAUGAACUUACGAAUAUUGUUGAAUAUUACAUUAAUCAAGUGUUUAGCUUGUAAAAACCAACUCAAAAUGGUUAUGUAUAAAUAAAUGAGACAGACGCAGAUCUUAUUAUGAAUUCUUGCAUUCAGGCUAUAAAUUUAUAAGUAAUUUCUAUAGAUAGAUUUUAGAUUAAUAACAAUAAUAUAGAUAAUGUACAUUAACUAACUAAAAAGUUUUUAGAUUCUCAUGUUUUAGACUAUAUUGCAAAUAUAUUGCAGUAGCCAGGAUAAUUUACUACGACUGUUCGCCAAGCUUUACGAUUAAUUUCUUAUUUACUUAAUGCAAAUUUUUAAGAAAUUGAUAAAAUUGUUAGUUCUAACUUACCUGAUGUCUUAAAUGAAAUCAUUCUAAAAAUGAGUACUGAAGAAAUAGAUCCAGAAUUAAUUUAAGAUAUAAUAUCUUUUUAUGCAAAUAUAACAAAAGGAGAAAAAAUUAAUAAAUUCAAUGAUUAUGCAAUAGUAUUUCUAGAUCGCCUAAUAAAUUAUCAUUUAAUUGUUUAAAAUAAUAUUUAUGACUAAAGUUUUUUAAAAUUAGCAAAAUUUAUAAAUGAGUAUAAUUACAUAAAUGAUAAGAGUAAAAUUUAAAUACAUGAAAUACUAGUAAAAUUAUUAGGAUAAUUGUUGGAAGAAUUAAAUAACUAACAAUAAAAUUUAAACUUUAAUUAAGAUUUUGAAUCAUAAUUUUAAAAAAUUCAAAAGAAAAAAACAUAAACUUUAUUAUUUCAUAGUGAAUUAUGUAAUUAACAAAAUCAAAGCUUAUGUUAAUAUUUAAAAGAGCAAUAAUAUUUUGAUAUGUUAGCUAAAUUAUUUAAAAUCCCUAACUUCGAUAGAUUCAUUAUUAUUCAAGUAUUUUAUUUGUAUAUUUCAGGGUUUUAACUCUAGUUAAUGUCUAGAAAAAGCAUUAUAAUUAAUAGAUGAAUUGGAAAGAGAAUUAGGAUCUACUUUAGAAAAAGUGACAUUUUUGCAUUUCAAUUAAAAAAUGCUUAUAGAAAAUUGUUCUAUCUAAACUUAUUAGAUAGCUUCACGUUUGUCAGAGAUUUUACAUUAUCUAUCAUAUCUUUAAUUUUAAAAUAAUAGUUUAGUCAAUAAUUAAAACUAGUCUGCUAAACUUAUUGAUAAAUGUUGUGCAUUAUUGGAAAUAGUUUUAGUCACUGAAAAUGAGAAUAAAAAUGCUUCAAUUAUUUUGUUUUAAAUUUUAAGAUAAGCGAUUAGAUAAUAAUAAAAUAAUAUGAAUAAUCUGCAACCAUUAAGUAGAUUAUUAAUUAGACUUAUUAUUGAAUCAAAUAAUCAUCCCACUAUGACUCUUUAAUUACUAAAAAAAAUAAAUAUUAGUUUUAAUUUAGUUAAUUUAAAUUAAAAUAUUAAAAAGAUUAUUAUUGACUCAAAAUUUGGAAAUCAUUUGUAAGAUGUUAUAUAGAAUUAUAUUUUAAUGAUUAACUCUGAUAGCUCAAACACAUAACUCAUAAAAUAAUUAGGGGAUGAAAUUAAUAAAAUUUUAGGAUACUUAUAUAGAGUUCCUAAUAUUCCUACAUAAGGGACUGAUUUGUUAGUUAUAUCUAAAAUAAUUUAAAAUAUAGGUUCUCUAAUAUAAAUAACAAAAAAUUCAUCACAAGAGAGCAUAAAAAAAAUUCAGAUAUUCUUAUUAUAAUAAGCAAGUUUUAUUUCUAGCCCAAGAUUUUUAAAAAACUUUGAUGACAUUUCCCAAAAUAGGAUCCAUCAAUAAUUAAUAAACCAACUCGAAUAAAUGGGGUGUUAAAGGCAAAUAGUAACUUACGUACUUAGGCAUGAUCCUCGAAUAAUAAAUAGGGAUUAAUUUAUUGAGUCUUUAAUAUUGAAUUAAUUCAGAUUUGAAUCAGAAGUUACAUUAACUCAAUAAAGUGAUGAAUUAAUUAUCCAAUAAAUCAAAGUUUAAUAAGAAUCAAUAAGACUACAACUUAAAGAAAAUAUUAAGUUAUUUUCAAAUUUUGAUAAUUUGUUUGGACUUGAGAUACAACUUAAUUAAUCAGAAAUAUUAAGCAUUUUAUAGUUAUCUGUUUAGAAGUUAUUUAACCUAAGUCUACAAUUUUAAGGAGUUGAAAUUGAAAUGUCUAACCAACCUGAUUAUAACUUAUAAAUUAUUAUUAUAGUAUUAAGCUUGCUUUAUAAAUAAUAAAUAUAAUAAUAAAGAUAAUAAUAAAAAGAAUAAUAAUAAUAACUAGACUCAAUAGCAAAGGAAUUACUUAAAUUACUUGAUGUUUUAUUAGAUUAGGUUGCUGACAAUUUAAUAAUUAAAACUGUAAAUUUGAUAUUAGCAGUUUUAAGUAAUUUAAUAACAAAAAAUAAAGAAUCUUUGAAUUUAAUAUUAGUAGGAGUCUAAAAAACACUUGAUUCAAAUGUUUAAAAUUACAUUACUUUUUAGAUAUGUAUUGAAAUCAUAGUAAAAGCUUUUAAAAAAAAUAGAUCAUGUAUCAACCAAUUUGUUUAGUAAAUGAAUGGUUUGUAAUCAGUAUUUAAAGUGAAAGGGGAUUCAGAGAAUCAUUUUAUAAGUCUUUCAAAAUUAUCAUUAGCCAUAAUUUAUGAUAAAAUCAUUAUAAGAGCAUAAAUAGAAGCAUAAAUAAAGAAAACUAUUUUUGAUUAAGAAAACUAAGAAGAAGUCAAUAAAACAAAUCAAUAAAUAGAUUUAUAACAUUAUUAAAAUGACAUUAUAUAUCCAAUUUGUUUGUAACCUGCAUAAUAUAAUAUUUAAGCAAAAGAGCAAUAUAAAAUAUCAAAAAAUCAUCCAGAAUUACAAAAACUUCAUAAAAAUAAUUCUUAAUAAGAAGAAGUUAAAUUUAUUAUGAAUUUAUUAUUUAAUGAAUCAGAAGAGAAUGACUACUUAAUAUUAAAAAAUGGUAUUCAACUUGAUACAUUAAAUAGUAUCAAUUAAAAUGGAAAUGCAAUAUUUCAAUUAAAUUUCAAACAUAAAAAUGAAACUUAAACCCUCUUGAAACUUUUAAUUGAAUAAAUUAUUAUAUCUUAUUUUGAAAAUAAUGAACAGCAAUAAUAUUAUCGCAAAAUGAUAUUUGAUGUUUUGUAAUUACUUAUUUCAAAAUUUCCAUUGCUUUUACCAUAACUUUCAAGAAUUAAUUGUAGCCAAUUUCUUGAGAAAUAUAAAAAUAAAAUUGGAUAUGAAAAUUCGUAAUUACCUACUAAAAUUUCAUUUCUUACAUUAAUAACAAGAUUUAUUAUUCCAUCUAAGAAUUUUAUAUUUUGUAUUUGUUUGGAUACUAUAGUUCUAUAUAAGAAGCAAAAUAAUAU